AUGUCUCCUGUUCCCAUCCCCGCCGCGUCCGAUGACAUCGCGACCAUUCUGCAGGCCGUCACGCCGCCGACGAUGCCCCCGCACCGGUCGCACGACCCCUCCAACAAUAUGAAGCGCAGUGACCCCUUCCAAUUCGGCUCUCGAUAUUUGGAACAAGGCGACGAUGUUUUCGAGUUCAAUGCUUGGGACCACGUGGAGCCUGAUGACGAGUUCAAGGCGUUCGCUGAGGAGCAGUAUGCGAAGCAGCGCGACGCCCCAGUAUCGGAGUUCGAUCGGAAUCGCUUCAACGCCGACCCGGCCAAGUGGUGGAACCUCUUUUACAAAAACAACACGUCCAACUUCUUCAAGAAUCGCAAAUGGCUGCGCCAGGAGUUCCCGAUCCUCGAUGAAGUGACUCGGGCAGGAGCGGGCAAGCAGGUCGUGUUGGAGGUCGGUGCAGGCGCCGGUAACACCGCGUUCCCGCUGCUGGAAAACAACGAAAAUGAAGAGUUGAUGGUGCAUGCCUGCGACUUCUCCAAGACUGCGGUUCAGGUCAUUCGUGACAGCCCCCAGUACAACACCAAGCACAUUACGGCGGAUGUGUGGGAUGUCAGCGCGACCGGGGAAGAAUCACUGCCCCCCAACGUGGCGGAAGGAUCCGUUGAUGUCGUUGUUCUGAUUUUCAUCUUCUCUGCCUUGGCUCCUAACCAGUGGGAACAGGCCAUCCGUAACAUCUAUCGGGUUCUGAAGCCAGGUGGCAAGAUUCUGUUCCGUGAUUACGGGCGUGGUGACCUCGCUCAGGUUCGAUUCAAGAAGGGCCGGUACAUGGGAGAAAACUUUUACAUCCGCGGAGACGGCACGCGCGUAUACUUUUUUGACCGGGACGAGCUGGAGAAAAUGUGGGGCCAAUGGACUCCGGAGAAGGGACUGCCCGAAGGCCUGGUGGCUGAGGCCACUGCCAAGGACGAAACCGCUAUCACUGAAGAGGCGACUGUCAGCGAGCAGUCGGGCGCUUUCGAGGUUAUGAAGUUGGCUGUCGACAACCGACUGAUUGUCAAUCGACAACGCAAGAUCAAGAUGUAUCGUUCUUGGAUUCAGGGUCACUUUGUCAAGACCGAUCACGUUGCUGCUGCCGCUAGUGAGAAGCAGGAAUCGUGA